UUGAGACAGAGCUGAUAAGGAAAACAAAAAACCGACUUCAAAAAAUAAACCAGCUCAGUUUCAGUGGAAGCCAGAAGCAGCAUCUGGUCUCUUUUCUCUCCCAGCAUCAAGAACAUGUGUGCAACAGUGCUGAAGAUAUUUCCAGUUCUAGCCAUCCUUGCAGGCCACGCCAGCGGGGUCGUGGUGACAGUCCCUGAGAAGACAGUGAAUGUCACAACAGGUGGAAAUGCAACCCUCCUCUGCACCUACACCAGUUCUGCACCCCUGGGGAAUUUCUUUAUUCAGUGGAGUUUUUACAGUGCCAAAGAGAGCCAGCUGCAUACCAUCUAUUAUUAUUCAGGAGGCCAGUCUUACUCCUAUGGAGCAUUUAAGAACAGGAUAACAGCUUCAACAAGUCCAGGGAAUGCAUCAAUAACAAUCUCCAACAUGCAGCCCUCAGACACUGGUUCCUACACCUGUGAAGUUUUCAGCCCUCAGGGCGAUGCUGGGCAGAGUCAAAAAUCUGUGAUUGUCAAUGUGCUGGUCAAACCAUCAAAACCCUUCUGCAAAGUAGAAGGAACCCCUGAAAAAGGCCAUCUGAUCUACCUCCUAUGCAACUGUUUAGAGGGGCUGCCUCGCCCCACCUACCACUGGUACAAGGUGGAUGAGAACACCCUCAAGCCUGUGACAGAACAACUCGAUCCAAACUCUGGCAUCCUUUUCAUUGGCAACCUCACCACCUUUGAAACCGGCUACUAUCGGUGCAUAGCCAGCAACCCGCUGGGGAACAGCACCUGUGAGCUGGACCUGACAGCCAAGCAUUCAGAUGGUGGUGUUGUUGCUGGAGCACUGAUUGGAGCAAUUCUGGCAGCUGCUAUAAUCUGCAUUAUUGUCUGGGUCUUAACCAAGAAGGCAAAAAAUAGGAAGCCAACAAAUAAUGAAAUGCAAGAAAUGGUUCAGAAACAAUCCAAUGCAGACUAUGUUCAGGUACCCAAUGAAGAAAACAUUCCUGUGACCACAGCUCCAUCGAGCAAUGCAACAAAUGAAUACCCAAGUGUUGAUGAAACAGCAGCUUCUGCAACACCUGAAAAUGAUGAGAAGCAAGAAGCAGAAAAAGAAGAAACAGCCUAGAGUUUAUAAUAGAGUUUUCUUUGUCACGUUUGGACCCCUUUGUACAAAAAUUGUUGUUGAAUUAUCAUAGAAGCAUGACUAAAACUUGUAUUCAAGACAUUUGCAUUGUGACCCACUGGGGUGGAUCAAAAAGGGUCUGUUACACAGGCACUCUGUAAACAGCAGAUUUGGCCUUUAAAGUGAACCAAAUUUCUUUUAUUAUCUAGUUAUACUGUACAAAAAUUUAAGUAUAAAAGGAGUAUCAUCAACAUCAACCUAUUUUGUAAAACUAAUUAGGAAAUGGGCUGAAGCAUUGGUCAAAGUGAGAGCUUUCCAGUCAACUACCAGUAAUGCUGUGUGUCCACAGAGUUCAGAACCACAGCAGCCUUGUCCAGAAACAGUGUUAGCCAACCUGCUUCGUGUGCACCAAGUAAUCAUGGCCAGUACAUUGCAAUGUUUUAAGAAAUUGAUUUUGCACAUCAGAAGAGGUUACAUUAAUGUCAUCAGAAUGCUGAAAUACCUGUUAACAUCUUAACAGAUGUUAAGACCUGAGUCAAAGAAAACUUGUGUGUCUGAAUUCCACCUAAGCCAAAAAAAAAAAAAAAAAAAAAUCCUGGAAAAUGUUACCCCAUUGCUGCCUGUCAUGGAAAACAUUCUGUUAACAGUGACCUCCUUGGCCUAAAGCUCUCAAGGGUGCCAGUGUUCCAGAGUUGUCUGUUUCAGCAAUUCUGGUUUUCUGUUUAAUGGAACUGGCAUUUGGGUACACAGUAAGGCUUGUUCCAAUAUUGUGAUUGAAGAGGGGACUCUAUCAUGUGGUCAUAUUUCUUUUAAUCUUUCCUUCAUCUCACUUCCCACAUUUAUCUGCUGGUAUUUCUUACCUAACUUGCUACAGUAAGAUAGGAGCUUAUGCUGGUGAAGUUGACACUAACUUCUAUAGAUGGUACACUCUUCCUAGAACACCACAGGUUUUAUAUUCGUUCAAAAAGUAGAAAUUGCUCAAGUUGUGUUUAAGUUUUCAUAUAAAAGAAAGGAACAAUUCACCACAUUCUUGACUAAUGACUCCUCUCAUACUUCUAACCACCUGUGAGGAUUAGAUGAUAUUAAAAAGGCAAAAUAAGAAGCAAAACAGGCUGCUGGGAGUAAGGAGAUAAGGAAAAUAAUACAUAUUUGGAGUUUCUUACCAUAGUGUGGUGUUGUCUGUAAGCCUUCUGGCAGAUGUUUGUUCUCAUUUUGGUGUUUAUCUAAAGUUUUUUAAGAAGGAUGGGGCACCAUUCCCAGCUUCCCACUGAUACUCUUGGCAAAGCACAAGUCCUAUUAGGUACUGAUCCGUGGUGUGUAGCUCUAAAACCCUGCAGAGCUAUGCAGGAUGCACAAACAUUUUUCAGAAUAAGCUUUAGAUGUUCCAACAGUCUGUGCUGCAUGGCCCCUUAUCUUCCCAUAGAGAGUAGGGAUCAUUGAUACGGACACCAGAAACUAAGCCAACAUUCAAGCCACCAUCUCCUAAGGAAGCAGAUUUACAAAGCUACAGAGCAGGGUUUUUUGCUAUACAAAGAUCAAGAAUGAACACAGAACUCUUAGCUUCAGCUGCUCUCCAAUCAAAUUUUCAGCCAUGUGUGUGCAAUAUAUAAGAAACAUUUACUCAGUCAGGUUCCUCCUUCAGUCAAGGUCUGCAUGGCCAGAGUUUACUGUACAGGCAAGUUAUCCCUCCUGUUCUUAAUGAGUCCCCUCAGUGGAAUUUAACCUGCAUUUUGUGUUCUAAGAUACAUUUAAAGUCCUUGGUGAAGGUAUUUGUUGGUUAUAAGUUUCUGUCUUGCUUAUCAAAAUAAAGUGCAUUACCUUAAUCCCUACAAGUCAAACUGUAGAAACUGCCAGCUUGCAUUUCACCCUUUCCUUGAGGCUGAAGAGCAAACAUGUUGCAUUUCCAUACUGUGUAACGGAUGGCAGGGUUUUAUCUCAUUGUUCACCCCCCAAAAAUACAAGCCAUUUAGAAAGUACUGGUUUUCUUACAUGUCAAUUUAAUAAAGUUUUAUAAUACCAAA